CUCACUUACUCACUCAGAAAAAGGUGCACUUGCUUUAUCACACACCUACACACGGACGCACACACCCGCACACACACUCACACACAGUGUCAUGGCUCAGAACGGGAUUACAGAGAAUGGAGAGGCACAGAGUCUGAGUUUACCCCAACCUCAGAAGAUCUCAGAAAUCAAACACACCAAGCUUUUUAUCAAUAACGAGUGGCACUGCUCUGUGCAAGGAAAGACCUUCGCUACAUUUAACCCUGCAACAGGUGUGAAAAUCUGCGACGUGCAAGAGGCUGAAAAAGCUGACGUGGACAAAGCAGUGGAGGCAGCGAGAGCAGCCUUAAAGCAGGGCUCAGCAUGGAGGAGGAUGGAUGCUUCAAGCCGGGGCCGCUUGCUGAAUGUGCUGGCUGACCUGCUGGAGAGGGAGCGUAGUCUGCUCGCUACUAUGGAGACUAUGGACACUGGGAAACCCUUUCUGCAGUCAUUCUUUGUUGACCUGGAAGGAAGCAUCAAAACGCUGAGAUACUAUGCAGGUUGGGCCGAUAAGAUCCACGGCAAGACCAUGCCAGUGGAUGAUAAUUUCUUGUGCUUUACCAAACAUGAGCCGGUCGGUGUCUGCGGAGCAAUCAUUCCGUGGAAUUUUCCUCUACUAAUGUUCAUGUGGAAGAUCGCUCCAGCCUUGUGCUGUGGAAACUCAGUGGUCAUCAAGCCAGCAGAGGAGACCCCGCUGACAGCACUUCAUGUCGGCGCGCUCAUCAAGGAGGCCGGCUUUCCUCCUGGAGUGGUGAACAUCGUGCCAGGUUUUGGCCCAACAGCAGGGGCAGCCAUUGCCAGCCAUAUGGGCAUCGACAAAGUGGCCUUUACCGGCUCCACCGAGGUGGGUCAGCUGAUCAAAGAGGCAGCGGCAAAGAGCAACCUGAAAAGAGUGACGCUGGAACUGGGAGGAAAGAACCCGUGUAUUGUGUUUGCUGACUCAGACCUGCAGUUAGCAGUACAGGAAGCUCAGAAGGGUGCAUUCUAUAACCAGGGCCAAUGCUGCACCGCUGCCUCACGUGUGUUUGUUGAGGAAUGUGUGUACGACGAGUUUGUGAGACUCAGCAUUGAAGGUGCUAAGAGAAUUGUAGCCGGGGACCCUAUGGACCCCCGAACGACACACGGCCCUCAGAUUAGCCAGCAGCAAUUUGAUAAUAUCAUGGAGCUUGUGGAGAGCGGGAGGAAAGAGGGAGCAAAGCUGGAAUAUGGAGGAACCACUAUAAAGGACAAAUCUCUGUUCAUCCAGCCCACCAUCUUCUCAGAUGUCAAAGACCACAUGCGCCUGGCAAAGGAAGAGGUCUUUGGGCCAGUUCAGUGCAUUCUGAAGUUUAAGAGUCAGGAAGAAGUGAUUGACAGGGCAAACAACACUCACUACGGCCUGGCAGCGGCUGUGUUUACCCAAAACCUAGAUCGAGCACUGAGUGUGUCCUCGGCACUGGAAGCUGGCACUGUGUGGGUGAACUGUUACAAUGCCCUCCAUGCUCAAUCACCUUUUGGUGGCUACAAGAUGUCAGGAAAUGGGCGAGAGCUUGGUGAAUAUGCAUUGGCGGAGUACACCGAGGUCAAAGCCGUCACCGUAAAGCUCAGUGAGCAGCUGAAGAUUUGAGACACUGCUGUUUGGAGCUGACCCUGGUGUCCUCUCAUCCACCACCCAUUCACAACAUGCCUCAAAAACAUGGUAUCUAGGAAUCAACCGGUCUGCCCAACGGACAUUAUGGUUCCCUACUGAAAUGACUUACAUAUAUUGACAAGCUCUUUAUCUUUCAGUCUUUUUAUUCUAUAUAGAUGUUUUGUACAUAAAAAAAAUAAAUGUUUGUAUUAUGGUUUUAUUUAAUCUUGAUAUCUUUGUCUCUCUUUGUAAAUCACCAAAAGGUUUAAAGACUACAAAUGUUCUGCUUUUGCUUUAACAAGGUUAAUGAAUUCUUUUAUCAUGCAUGUGAUAGACUGGUUUAAAAUACAAUUUAAACCAUUUUUCCACUAAAUGUAGACAUUCAGCCAAGACUUGCUUGCAUGGAGUAUUAAGUUUGCUUCGUGGAUUUUGCCUAGGGGUGUGAAGGCUAAUAAAGUAAAAAGCUAAAAAAAAAAAAAAAGGUCUACAGCUACAGUACCAGCUUAGCAUUUAUUUAUUUGUUUUUUUUUUUUUAGACUUACUGUUAAUUAUUAAUUAAAGCUAUCUAAUAAUGUUACAGCAAUCUAAACAUAGGAGAGCUUUUCAAAUGGACCAUCAUUUGGAACUAUGUGAAUAAGACAAAGGUUUAUUUUUGCUUAUUUCUGAACUUAUAUACAGAUAAUAUGGGAGACGACUUUGAAUCGUUUAAUAUACUCGCACCACAUGAAAAUGUUCAAUCUUUGAAUAAAAUCUUUGUUUUUAAACAA